ACCGGAAGCUGCCGAAGGCGCCGGAAGCGCUGCGCGGCGGGGCUGGUAUCCGAGGCGGCUGGAGCCGGCAGCGGCGUGGUGUCGGUGUGCAGGCCUCGCCAUGGGUCUCCUGAGCGGGGCGGCUCGCGCCCUGGUGCGGGGCGCCGACCGCAUGAGCAAGUGGACCAGCAAGCGGGGCCCGCGCACCUUCUACAAGAGCCGGGGUGCCAAGGGCGUCGGCUUCCACGGUCGCGGCGGCAGAUUCGUGCUGGUCAAGGAAAUGGUCCCGGAGCUGGUGGUGCCCGAGCUGGCCGGCUUCAAGCUCAAGCCCUACGUGAACUACCGCGCCCCGGAGGGCACAGACGUUCCCCUGACAGCCAAGCAGCUCUUUCUGGAGACGGCGGCGCCGGCUAUCGAGAAGGACUUUAAGGCCGGGACUUUCGACCCCGAGCACCUGGAACAGUACGGUUUUGAGCCCACGCAGGAAGGCAAGCUCUUCCAGCUGUAUCCCAAGAACUUCCCGCGCUAGAAGUGGUCGGCUGCCGCGCAGAAUGUGCCUGCGACCGAGGACUUGGACCUCCUCGCCCAGCCUAGUUCCGGGGUGGCGGGUGGAGAGGCGGUUUCCUCGUUUCGCUUCUAUUAAAGAUCUUGGCUACCGUA